ACGAUCACGAUGGCUGUGUGUCCUAUAUCGAUACCUUCACAUAGUAUCAAAACACAUCUAUAUCAUAAACGGAGUAACCAUCGGCACAACAGUCAGACAUCCAUUACUCUUGAGAGUUAUUGUUCACCAUGUCAUCCCUUGGAUUUCUCGGAACUUGAAGUAUCCGAUGAUGAUGAAGACGACGAUUUAGAGUCUGAGGACUCUGAUUUUGCAUUUCCUAAUUCCUUUAAUUCAUAUGCAUCCAGUUCCUUAUCAUCCCUGGUACUGUCUACAUCGCCAUCAUUUUCAUUUCAGCAUUCAUUCCCAACGAAAAAACCGUCAUCUUCACAAUUACUGGCCGUGACAGUGUCAUCAUCACCAGUAAAGAAACAACUCUUUCUGACUUCAUCUAGCAAUAACCUUGCCAAACUCUUAGAGAAACAACAACAACCUCUGACGGUAUUUAAACCGAUGACUAUGAGUCGAAGUAAUAGUGUGACUAGUAUGUCAUCCACCAUGAGCUCUUCAUUCUCGGCAUUGGCAAUGAGUCCUAAGACAUUAUUUCAAAGAUACUUUGCCACCAGUAAUGUUGAUGAAGUACUUCCAAAGUCAUCGAGUACGGUAGACCUGUCAACAUCAUCAAAUUCAUCUAUACCAUGCACUCAAGAACUUCAAACAUGGUCUGUUGAAACUCAUGCAAAUAAUUUAGUUCAUGAUUUGAGAGAAAAACCAACUAGAAAUAGAGAUUAUAGAGUUAAUCCUCGGUUCUUGAUCAUGUAUACUUAUGAUUAUAAUUCAAGAGUAAAUGGUUACCUUCCCAAUUCCCAUACAAAAGAAGAAGUGGAAGAUUUAACCCAUGUUGAAGGAAUAAAAGAUUUCCAUCUUCAACAUAAUCUUUGUAAAAUAUCAAGCAUUUCAAGGGAUAAACUUUGGGAGAAUGUCGUUCUACCGGCUAGAAUCGAUCCAUUACCUUCCAAUAGUAUAGAAUACAAAGAUUAUGUACAUGUUGAAGAAUCAUCAUACCCACCACAUCCAAGCUUGAAUCGGAAACAUUCCAUUGUUAAAGUUGAUGGUUGUGAAUAUUUCCCAUGGCUGAGUCUACAAAAUAAACAUAAAUCCGUUAAACCGGCUGGAUUCUUGAAAGGAGGCAAGACUUUAGUGAACGGAAUUCAACCUAGUUCUGGAAUUACAAAAUCUCAAUUUACCAUCAAGGGUUGGUGUAAUAAAAGAUGGGUUUCGACAUCUCUUGAAGAGAUGGAGUAA